AUGUUCGCCUUUGAUAGCUUCAUCAACUCGCAGUACGCUCGAUAUGAUCCAGGAGAGAAUUUGACGCUCUAUCAGUACGAGGCUGUCAAGCCAUAUGGCCUGCCUCAUUAUGACGAUCCCCCGGACCUGACUGUUCCAGAGGCACAUCUUCGGAAAUUCGACCCCAAUGCCUUUCACAACCCCAAAACACAAGGCCACCUUCAAGUCAUCAAGUCUCUAUCAGGUGGCAUAGGCUGCGGCGCUCAAGUCCUUCUGUGCAGUGUUGUCAAAGCGCCCACCGAAUACAGAUUAUCCCACGCCCCGUUCCCAAAGAAUCCGCACCAAAAGCCCAGCUUCGUCGUCGCCAAAGUGUUCGAUCCCAUGUUCUUUCCGGGCGAAGAUGGACUCGUCUCCGCACUGUACGGCAACGAUGUUCUCGCCGAGCAGCUCCUGAGUCGAGAGUCUGGAGCGUACGAAUACCUCUAUGAGAGAGGCAAGCCCGAAGCCUCUGCAUCCGACUCCAAGGCCACCAACAACACAGUCACCGGUCAUCCCAAUCUCAUCCCCCAGUACUACGGAACCUGGGCAAUCAGGUUUGCAAUGGGCAAAAACAAGUACAGGUGUGCCGGUUUAGUUCUAGUCGAGUACAUCGAAGGUCAUGCGAUAGAAGAGCUUUGCGAAAGGGAUGAGGAGACUGGUUAUCUCCUUCCCGCCACCGAAGAAGUCAUCUUCCAUAAGUUCACUGGCUCAACAAGCAAUACUCGGGAAAAGAAGGCAAGGCUAACCGAGCAUUUCCGGUUGAAGGCCUUUCGUGAGAUAUUGCACCAACUCGUGGUCCACAUGCACAUUGGCGUCGAACACGCCGACUUCAUCCCGGCAAACGUCUUCAUCACCCUUCGCAACCACGGAGCCGCCACUGGUGUACGCGAGCUAGAUGAACCGCGCCCCGUCUUGCUCGAUCUCACCCUUACGAAGGUAUGGCGCAAUACAAAGUCGGCUCAAGGCCCUGGCAGGGAGCAGCACUGUCUCCAGUGGCUGCCCCUGCCCCCUCACCCGAUGGAAAGAGCAUCUCCCAAGGGUAUGGAGCUUUACAUUGGCUGGUUCGACGCCGAGUGGUCGGAAGCGAGGUUUGACGAGUGGCUGGUGCAAGAGUUUGGUCCUCUGGAGGAGGGCUCGGAGGAGGGCUCGGAGGAGGGCUCGACUGGAAAGUACUCUACGUUUGCGACGCUGGAUAAGUUAGAGGCCGAAUGGAUUAAGAAGAGAGACGAGGAUAAGAGAUUGAAGAUGAAAGCUCAGCAGGACGAGGCAAUCAGGGUCGCGGGUGCUCACCACCCGCAGAGUAACACGUAUGAGAAGCCGCAAGAGGAGAUGAAAGCUCAGCAGGACAAGGCAUCCAAGGUCGCGGUUGCUCACCCUCAGGAUACUGGAGCGACUUCGGGCUGGAAGAGGCUCUUCCCGAUGGUAGCCAGCCCGACGUCGUCAGCGACAUCGAGUGACAGGCCCUCUUCACGCUCCAACUGGCGCACUCAAGGCUCACGAGGUCGAGCGAAGCCUCCCACCGCAAGCCGUCGACAGCAGAAUCGAUCCAGCGCGUCGUCCUCAACGGAAAGUGGCGAAGAUGGCAUCCCACGCGAAAUAUACCAGAGUCUCCGGGACGCUCAACUCGGAAGCACCGAGGCUAGUUUUGCUUCUGACUCGCCCUCCCCUCGGUUUGGGACACCCCGCUCGGCGCAGAAACCAGUGGAGGACGACGAGGAGAUGGGUACCAUUGAGGAGGAAUAG